UCUUUGCACAAGCAGAGAAAGAGAGAGAGAGAAUGGUAAAGAGCUGAAUGGGAUUUCAGGCGAGGCUCACUUUGGCUGGCUGGCUGCCUUUGGUUAGGUUUCAACCCAGCCCACCUCAAGGCAGCUUUCCUUUGCUUCACCGACUGGAGGAGAGCAGCAUGCAGACAACAACUCCGUGUUCCUCCUGAGCACAAUGCAAACUUGUUCUGACCAAGAACAAGACAAGGAAUCCGGCUCUUUUGGAAUUUCAGUUUUUCAUCUUGAAAUUAGGCACUGCCAUUGGGAUGACAACAAAAAUUGCUCUAUCAACUUUUGAGUUGUUGACCACAGUUUCCCAAUGAGGCAAGCCUAAGCAGCGUGAAGAAGGAGUUCAAAAUGGCAGAGCUCACAGCUGAAAAUGGCAGCUGCACAGAUUGGCAGAAACGAUGUUUUAUGUUAGAGACACAGCUUUUCAAGUUCCGCGUGCAGGCUGGGAAGAUCCGGGAGCUUCUGGCUGAGAAGAUGCAAGAACUGGAGCAAAGAGUGGCUGAAGCAGAAGACAGAGCCCAAAGUGCAGAGAAGCAGGUUGAAAUCAUGGAAGAGAAGCUGAAACUUGCCUACACAAAAAACAGUGGAUCCAGUGAAUACAAGAAAUAUCAGCAGAUGAUGAGCAGAGUACAAGAAAAGGAUGAGCUGAUUGAGAACCUGGAGGCCCAGUUGGAAAAGCAGAAACAGUUGAGAGAAGAAGAAGCUAAAACUGUUCAAGAAAAAGCAGCCAAAAUUAAGGACUGGGUGACAGCUAAACUAAGAGAGCUUGAGCUGGAAAACCAUUAUCUCAAGGAUUGUAACCUGAGGUUAACAGAGCAAAUCAAAGCCCUUCAAGGAGCAUUACAAGAUCUGAUAACCAUGCCAUCUGAAGAGUCUGUUUCCAGCUGUAAUAUCAGACUGCUUAGAGACUCACUCUCAUGCUUCCUUGAGAAUCCAGAUCAAGAUUCCAGACUUCUAGCUGUGGACAUCAAACAGACAUGUCAGGGUGUGUCUACGCAAGGAAUUCCAUAUAUAGCAAGUGUGGUCUUCAUGGAUAACACCUGUGUAGCAGAUGAGGUUGAUAAAUCGGUGCUUUCUCAAAGCUCACUGAAGCUUAUCUCUGACUCCACAAAUAACAAUAGUUCUUCAGUGAAUGAAUUGGUUUCCACAGCAGAGUCCCAGUUCUGCACAACAUCAUUAGAACACAAAGCUGAGGCUGUAAAAUUUUGUGACGCAUUAACUUUUCCGUCUCCUCUGGAAGAAUGUAAGAGCUCUACCAGUGCUGCAGAGAAGACAGUAUCUAACCUGUACAAGCAAUCAGAUGGACUGAAUUCUGAGUUUAGCACCCCUAGGUUGAACUCAUCCUGCUCUGUGGAAAUGAGAAACACCUGCAGUAGUUCUGUCUCAGAGACAGUCUCAUCUCCAAAAUUGCAAAAAUCCAUCAUGUCAAUAUCCUCCCAUUUUCCAAUGAAGGAAGGUGGACUAGGCAGCAGCAUGACUCUCCCCAAGAUACGGACUCCAAGCAAUCCAAGAGACAGCAUCCUAUUAGCCAAGAGGCAUUAUAGCCAACCACAGUCAGGAGCAGAUUGCUUCCAACAUGUGGUGAACAUUGAGAUCAGCACUUUUCAGCCUAAAAGAGCCACUGCUCAUUGCCAAGGAGAAGUGGAGGAGACAGAUAUCGAUGAAGAGGUAGCAGAGAAGAUGGAGACAGAUGACUGUCUGGUGGAGAUGCAUCAGCUGUCUUGUUCAAGAAAGGAGACUAACACUUCUGAAACCAGAGUCCUGGAACCAGGAGGCAAACCGCCCACUCCUCCAUUGCACAGAUUUCCAUCCUGGGAGAGUCGGAUCUAUGCAGUAGCUAAGUCUGGCAUGAGACUUUCAGAAGUGGCUCUUGGGAGUGACUCUUCUAGCCAAACUUCAAAUUUCCUAACCUGUUCAUCCCCUGGGACAUUCACCUGCCACAUUUACAGAAAUGUCACAGUACCUGUCUACACUAUGCUAAAAGGGAAAGCCACUCAAAUCAGCAACGUUCCUUUCAUGGAUGAGUCCUCGGGCUCUGAUGAUGACUGCAGCUCCCAUGUUAGCAUCGGUACCUCCAAUGUAGGAUCUGAACUCAGAAGAACAAGCAUGCCAGGCAGUCCUCGUGCGGUGAAACGAGCAGGUGCCUCUAUGUCUUCAUUAAGCUCAGAGAGUGACUAUGCCAUUCCCCCUGAUGCCUACUCCUUGGAUGAAGACUAUUCUGAACCAGAGCACAAACUCCAGCGGACCUCAUCCUAUUCCAUUGACGGUGGAGUAUGCAAUGAACUGCUAGAAAAAUCUGGUUAUUUACUGAAACUGGGUGACCAGGUAAAGGCAUGGAAGAGACGAUGGUUUGUUUUGAAAAAUGGACAAAUCAUGUAUUAUAAAUCACCGAGUGAUGUCAUCUGCAAGCCACAGGGGCGGGUUGAGCUGAAUUCUUCUUGCCAGAUUGUACGAGGUGAAGGAUCCAACACUUUCCAGCUCAUCACUGAAAAACGAACCUAUUUCCUGACAGCUGACUCUCCUAACAUCCUGGAGGAGUGGAUCCGUGUCCUUCAAAAUAUCCUAAAGGUGAAUGUGACCAGUCCCUCUCAGGUGCCUCUCAGGGAUGCCAAACCCACUGUGAAAGGGUGGCUCACCAAGGUGAAACAUGGACGCUCAAAGCUGGUUUGGUCUGUCCUGAUUGGAAAAACCUUCUAUUAUUAUCGUAACCAGGAGGACAAGUGUCCUCUAGGCCACUUGUAUGUGCGUGAAUCAAAGGUGGAAGAAGUAGAUCGCUCUUGUGAUUCUGAUGAAGAUUAUGAGACUAAUGGUGGGAGCCUUCUUUCUUCACAUUGCACUCUGGUUAUUCACCCUCCAGACCAAAGUCCUACCUAUCUGCUCAUUGGUAGUAAACAGGAGAAGGAUACUUGGUUGUACCACCUAACAGUAGCAGCAGGCAGCAGCAAGAGCAGCACAAAAGUGGGCACUGCCUAUGAGCAGCUGAUUGGAAAGCUACUGGAUACAGAAGGGGACCCAAAUUCUUCUUUGUGGAAACACCCUGUGCUGUGUUUCAGCAAGGAUGGGCUGCAGACAUCCCUCACCACCCUGCCUUCAGAAGCAUUGCAGACAGAGGCUCUCAAACUCUUCAAGUCUUGCCAGCUAUUCAUCAAUGUCCCUGUAGAAGGCCCAUCAAUUGAUUAUCAUGUUACACUUGCACAGACAGCACUACAAGUCUGCCUAACCCACAGUGAGCUUCAGAAUGAAAUCUACUGUCAGUUGAUGAAACAGACCAGCAGAGAUGGUCAGAAUCAUUCUGUCAUCCAGUGCUGGCAGUUAUUGGCUCUUUGUACUCCUCUCUUCCUGCCUCAGCACCACUUUCUCUGGUAUCUCAAGCAUCACCUGCAGCAGCAUGCGGACCCAAAAAGUGAAAUAGGCAAGUACGCCAUCUACUGUGAGAGGUCAAUGGAGCACACUUUGAAAGCUGGAGAGCGAGAAGCCAGACCUUCCCGAAUGGAGAUUGUGUCCAUUUUGCUGAGAAAUCCCUAUCACCACUCAUUUCCCUUCAGCAUUCCAGUGCACUUUAUGAAUGGAACCUACCAGGUGGUUGGCUUUGAUGGCUCUUCAACUGUGGAUGAGUUUCUGCAGCAGCUGAACCAGGAGACAGGGAUGAGGCGUACAUCACUCUCUGGAUUUUACCUCUUUACAGAUGAUCCUUCUGGCAGGGAUCUAGAGCACUGUCUACAAGGCCCUAUGAAGGUAUGUGACAUCAUUUCAAAAUGGGAGCAAGCUUUGAAAGAACUGAAUCCUGGAAAAUAUGAAGGUGGCACAAGAAUAGUGAAACUAACCUAUAAAAACAGAUUGUAUUUCCGAAGCCAAGCAAAAGGUGAGACAGACCGAGAGCGCUUAUUGCUGGCUUUCCAGAUUAAUGGUGAAAUAAUCAGUGGGAGAUUCCCUGUCAAUAAGGAGCUGGCUCUAGAAAUGGCAGCUUUGAUGGCUCAGGUGGAAUAUGGUGACUUGGAUCGACCGGUACAAUCAAGCCCCGGGGGGUCAUCCCCUUCCAAAAUGCAACAUCUUCUCCAGCAGGUCCUGGACAAAUUUUACCCCAAGCGCUACAAACACAGUACUUCUUCUGAACAGUUAAGGCGGCUGGCUGACCGAUUAGCUACAAAGUGGAUGGUUCUGCAAGGGUGUUCUCUGCAAGAAUGUGUUCGGAUCUAUUUGACUGUGGCUCGGAAAUGGCCUCUUUUUGGAGCCAAACUGUUUACUGCUAAGCCUGUCCUACCUUCUCCCUUGGAAGAUGCUCCAUUAUGGAUAGCUGUGAAUGAAGAUGGAAUCAGUAUACUGGAAUAUAACACUUUGCACUUAAAAUUGGCUUACUCAUACUCUUCUGUGCUGACCUUUGGAGGCUAUCAUGACGACUUUAUGAUUGUAGUCAGUCAAAUGAAGGAGAGAUGUUCUAGCAAAGCCACUCCUGAAAAACUACUUUUUACAAUGGCAGCUGUAAAGAUUGUUGAGGUGACUCUCCUUAUUGCCACCUAUAUUAAUUACUGUUCUUCAAUGCCACACCUGUCUCCUGCAUCACCUGCUCAGAUCAUCAGUUCACCAUGGAGUGCAUCAUCUACUAAGAAGCUCAUGGAACUUGAAAGCAGGUCUUUCUUUCCUUCACUGCCCCGGACCACUAAGGGACCUACCUUGCUGUAAAGACUAUUCUAAGUGCCCUUCAGGGUUGUCUUGCACACUGUGAACUGAAAAAUGCUGUGAUUUCAAUGGUUAUGUGCCCUGUUAACCAGGCAGACUCCAGGUCUACCUCUCUGAUGAAGUGCAACAUUCCUAAUAGCUUGUUUAAAGCUGAUACUCUUUCUUCCUUAAGAAUCAGAGCUAGAAAAGGGAGGUGUUAUCUUUUAUAUUUCCCACUCCCACAUUCUCCACUCCCCUGUACUUUCUAUCUUAAGAUUUGCAUUACCUCUUGACCACUUCAACCAUGCACUCACUUCUUUAAGGAGCUUCACAAGUUCAAUCCUCUCAGCCUGCAUUUAUAUUGAAGUUAUUUUCACAACUUGUUUAUAUAUUAGAAUUGCUCACUAAUUUUCAUCCACUAGAUAUUGCGUAUUUCCUCAGAUAACAUCUACUGCUAAAAUCUUUAUAGCAACCUAAUCUCCGAAUGAUAUUGGCCUAAAUACAGUUGCUAACCCCAAUUAGACUUCGUCCAGUAAAUCAGUGGGAUUUAUUUAAACUUUGACUUACCACUUGCCAAUUAAUCCCUAGGAUCUACUCUACUUGGGGCAUGCAGUUGGAUUUAGGUCCUUAUGUUCCCAUUCAUAUUCUCAAGUAUUAAUUCACUUCUUACUAUAUCUAUGUUUAUCCACUCUUAACUUCUUAAACAGGAAGCUUGAUUUAGGGUAUCUGUCACUUGACUGUCUAACUUUAUUCUCCACUUUUCUCUAUUUAUCUAAAGAUUCUGGUUUUUCCAUUUUGUUUCACUUUCUUGUUCCCAGAAGCAAGCUAGGUAAAUGACUUUAGAUUGCAUUUAUAUAGCAUUAUAUAAUGCCCAGUGUAGUAUGAGACCAUCUUACAACAAUACACUUAUCUCAGUGGAUGCCAACAGUAUUAUAAAUGUUACACACGCUGGAUUAGAGACUUCACAUAAAAUAGUUGGCAACUGCUAUGUGUACAUCUGUAUGUACAAUCGGGUUGUAC